CUCCGCCCCUCCCCUGAAUGACUGUUUGUUGGUCAAAAACUUGCUAGAUACCUAUCGACUGACUGAUUAUUUGGCUGCUUACCUACUACAGUUAAAUAUACUUUAACAUCUUUUAAAGCCAGAACUUAUAAAGCUAUCUCCAAACAGAAUGGCUAAAAGUGAGGCAGAGGAGAUGAUAGAAAUAGAGAUCGAUGAACGGGGGAAACAGGCAUGCCUGGAGGAAGGUGUUGAGGAGCAGACAAUCACAGCAUCUGAUUUGAUUCAGCAAGAUAUCGACAUCAAUGAACCUAUUGGCAAUUUGAAGAAACUUUUGGAGCCUCGCAUCCAAAUCGCACUGGAUUCAUUUGAAAUCUGCUUGCAAGACAUUCAGCUUCACCCAGAUCACAGCCUUUUUGACCAGGGAGUGAAGACAGACGGCACAGUGCAGCUCAGUCUGCAGAUCAUAACCAAACCAGGGGAAGAAAAGCUGAACAUUUUGGAAAUAGUUAAGCCAGUGGAAACAGUAGAAGUUGUGAUUGAUCCAGAUGCAGCAGGAGAGGAGGGAGCUCUGGUGGAGGAGGGACAGCUCAUUGCUGUAGAGCGGUCUUCUCUGUCUGAUGAGACUUCAGAGCAGGUUACACGUUGGGCUGCAGCUCUUGAAGGCUAUCGCAAAGAGCAGGUCCGGCUUGGCAUACCAUAUGACCCCCUGCUGUGGACAGCUGAUCAGGUGAUCCACUGGGCUGUGUGGGUAAUGAAGGAGUUUAACAUUGAUGAGAUGGAAAUCGGCAGCAUUCAUAUCCCAGGCAGAGAUCUCUGCAGUUUCAGCCAAGAGGAGUUUCUUCAGAAAGUGCCAAAUGGAGAAAUCUUGUGGAGUCACCUGGAACUCCUGCGCAAAUAUGUACUGGCCAGCCAGGACCAGUCUGGAGGUGACGCCACUGUUACUAUUGACCAACCUGUGCAGAUAAUACCAGCUCAAGUGAGUACACCUACUGCUAUAAAGGUACUGAAGCAGAGCCGUGGCCCCAGAGCUCCCCGUAUUUCAGGAGAAGAGCGCAGUUCACCUGGCAACCGCACAGGUAACAACGGUCAGAUCCAGUUGUGGCAGUUCCUGCUGGAGCUGCUGACAGACAAAGACUCAAGAGACUGCAUCUCCUGGGUGGGUGAGGAGGGAGAGUUCAAACUCAACCAGCCUGAGCUUGUGGCGCAGAAGUGGGGUCAGCGCAAAAACAAACCUACCAUGAACUAUGAAAAGCUCAGCCGAGCCCUCAGGUAUUACUACGAUGGGGACAUGAUAAGCAAGGUGCAGGGCAAGCGCUUUGUCUACAAGUUUGUUUGCGACCUGAGGACUCUGAUUGGCUACAGUGCCGCUGAGCUCAACAGCCUGGUGACUGAGUGCGAGCAGAAGAAACUAGCUCGCAUGCAGAUACACGGCAUUGGGCAACCCAUCACUACAGUGACCCUAGCCACCACUGCCACACUAGACAAGGACAGCUGAAGAUUGCAUUGCAGCACUCCUAUGUUGCCACAUGCAAAGCGUGCCCUCCACUGCUGAUUGGACAUCACACACGUCAAUUAGACACAAAGAUGCAAGAUUCCUGAUCAGUGUGGAUUAACAUUAUCAUCUUUAAAGUUUCAUUCAGUUUACACUGAGGCAGAUAACAUUUUCUAGCUUUUCUUUGAGAGGUGUGUUCAUAAUGAGAGAAUGACUGAUUGCUCGUUGUGUGACUGAAUGCUUGAGUGUGACUGAAAACCCAAUUAAGAGCUUGUUCUUUACCUGUCUGUAGAUCAGGAUUGUUUCCACUGUAUAUACCAAUACUUCGUGUUUUUGAUAGCCACAGGGCAAGUGUAUUUUCAUAUUUUCCAUUUAUAAAAGACCUGUUUUGUAUUUUAUUUAGUGUCCAUUCCCUAAAUUGUUGGACUCUUUUCGUCCACUAGGGGGAAUAAAGUGACAAGCAUUUUCCAAAUAGCUGUGUGCAAGGUGUGAAUAUUUUCAGGGUUGCAUAAGUCACCAGUUAAGAGACCAAGCCAGGCACUUGUAUGUACAUUCAAAACUUUAUUCAUGGUAUGGUGCGUGUAGAAAGCUUUUUCUUACUCUAAGCAAAUGUUUCAUUGAACUACAUCUAGAGGAAGGUCACUGAAACAAUGAGGAAAAAACAUUUUUAAUCACUAAGCUCCAAAGACAGCCUGAGUGACCAUCAAUACAAACUUUAAACAUUCACCUGAUUAAGAGCUUCAGUUAGUGUCUUUACAUUUAUAAAGGUGAUAUGUGUUGUAUCUUUUUAAUGAUGCAGAAUAUGUCACAUUCAUGUUGACCAUUAAUAUAUGACAAGGUGAACAUGUCUGUUGGAGGGCGAUGUGGUCAUUUGUUGCCUCUUUGAUGACAUUUACAGACUUGACAAAUAUGCGGGCAAAGAAAUAUUCACCACAAGACAAACAGAAGCACUGUACAUGUAUACACAGCAAAUGUAGAAAAAUAGUGUUUGAGAUUUGGUGAAGGAAUAUGUGGAAAGCUUUUGGAAACCAUCUCUCUAGGCCCAAUAAUUCUUACCUGUUAAAUAUGCACAGACUCCUGCACUGUACAAUAUUGCUGGCGCAUUGAGAGUACAAACGCAAGCCUAAAAACAUUUGGGGGAUUUA